AUGAGGGUAGUUUUACUAUUGAUCACCGUGCUCACGUGGGCUGUUCUCUCGCAAGAUGUUCAGACACAACAAAUCAUUCAAGAGGAUCAACAUGUGUUUAUCACCGCUCAGAAUCACGAUCAAGUUCUGCAAUCGGCAACGGUGGUUUUCGUGGCGUUUUGUGCGGAAUGGUGCCCUUUUUCGAGACGAUUGAAACCCGUUUGGGAAGAGGCGGCUAGGGUUUUCAAGAGAGAACACCCGGACAAGAGCGCCGUUUUCGCCAUUGUCGACAGUGUCGCUAAUUCGGACAUCAGUGAUAAAUAUUUUGUCAACAAAUACCCGACGAUGAAAGUUUUUGUGAACGGGGAAAUGGUCACAAAGGAGUACAGAGGAACGCGGUCGACAGAAGCUCUCACGCAUUUCGUUUUGCAGCAACUCUCGACAGCGAUGAACGAGUUUCCGUCACAGGAAUACGUGGAAACCCAUAUGGAUCGCGUGAAGCGAAACGUGAUCGCCUAUCUUGUCGACCGAAACUCGGCACAGGCAGACAAUUUGAAGAAAGUGGCAAUGAUCCUAAAGGACGAGUGUUCAUUUUGGUUAUCCGGCCCUUCUGUUUCCACCCCAUCAGGAGCCGAUCCACAAGGAAAUCUCAUCACUUUUCUCGAUCCAGACUCCGGAGAACAGCAAAAAUACACAUUGAGUCUGGAUAAUUAUGACUUGUUGAAGCAAUGGCUCACCGAUAAAUGCAUUCCGCUUGUGAGAGAAGUUACAUUCGAAAAUGUGGAAGAAUUGACGGAGGAAGGACUCCCGUUCUUGAUCUACUUCAGAGAUACCUCGAAUCGCGAUGGAGAUAGAGUGUUCUCGGAAACAGUAAUUCGUGAGAUAUCCGAUCAAAAGGGAUCUGUCAAUCCUCUAUUCGCUGACGGCAAGAAGUUCGCUCAUCCAUUGAAGCAUUUGGGCAAAACACAGCAGGAUCUUCCCGUUUUGGCGAUUGAUUCAUUCCAACACAUGUUCCUCUUCCCCGAUAUGAACGAGUUGACUGUGCCCGGGAAAUUGCGACAAUUUGUGAUGGAUUUGCAUUCGGGCAAAUUGCACAAAGAAUUCCACGAGUCACUCGAUCAGAAAAUGAUGGAUUUGGCGAAGUUUAAGCAAGAGAAUGGAAUUGAGGACAAUGAUGAGGAACAGAACGGUGAGCGACAAAAGCGAGAGGCUGGUGGACAAGGGCCACCCGGAUUCAAGCCAAAAACCGAUCCUCCACCAUCAGUCUUCAAGGAGUUGAAGCCAAGCGGAAAAAGAUACUCUCUUCUGAGCAAAACCGAGCUG